AUGGUUCCCAAUGUCACCUUUUUAUUGGACGCCCGUCAGGGUACCCGAACCAUCCUGUAUCCCAGUCACUCCCCGCAGACACUGGCACACCUGCUCCCCCCUCCGCUCGGCAGCGGGACCCUACCUUUCACUCGCCGAACCCCCGCGUCCACACCUCCCCACACUCUGGUCCUUCACCCCAAAGCCCCUACCCCGUCACCUCCUCACUUCUUAUCCAAACCUCCCUCCAUCUUCGUCCUCCCGCCCCACGCCGGUUCCGGGCCCUCCCCUCCUUCCCAUCCAAUCCCAAUACCCAAGCACACGCCCCCGCCCCGAAUCCAUCCCUCGCUGGGUCCAGGCCUUCCCGCCUUCGACGCUGGUCCCCACCCGCUCCGCCUGGAGGCCGGAGAACGGCCUAGACCAGGCCUGGCACUCACCACGAAGGAGCGGGGCAGAGCAAGCCAGCCGGACGAGGCCAAGCGGAGGGGGGCCGAUAGUUCCCUUCAGGCGCCCAGCGGCGCGGCAGCCAUUUUGCUAUGUUGUGCCGGUUGCCGUGGGGCCGUGCGCGCCGCGUGGGCGGAGCCUGCCGCGGUCACGCCCCUCCCCGGAGCUUGGGGGCGGGACCAGGCUUCCCGCCUCUUAGUUAGCCAGGCCCGCGGGCGCGCAAAGGCCUUGACACGCUCCGCGGGGGCUGGGCCUGAGGACGACCUGAGAUACCGAUGUAGCUGUGUCACCAAGCCCCCGCAUUUCCAUUGCUGGCCGUCUGGCUUUGAACUAGUGUGCCUCGCCUCACAGUCCUUCGCACGGCCCGUUUCUGAGGCGAAUGCUCUUCGUCAGGGUCCAGACAGGCCAGACGUAGAUGAACCUCUGAGGGAACGCAGUUUAGGCUUCAGAUGCCCCCGAGGUGACGGGAAUGGGAGCAGCCUGGGAGUCCUGGCUGAGAAUAGUCCUCAGUGUAUUUUUUUCUACUUGGGAAGAAGUUGGGGACAGGAGCAAAUAUAUGUUGUCUCAGCACCUGAUGUAUUCUAUGUUGGAACCUCUGAAAAUGUAGUAAUUCAAAUUCAUGGAGACACAAAAUCAUUUCCAGUGACCACUGCUGUUAAAAGUUAUCCUGACAGAAGUUUUACAUAUUCUUCUGACUAAGUUAAUUUAUCUCCAGAAAAUAAAUUUCAAAGCUCUGCAAGCCUAACUAUACAACCAAGAGACUUAUCUGGAGAACCAAAUGCAAUUUCACAUGUAUAUUUAGAAGUUUUAUCUGCUUAUUUUUCAAAAGCAGCAAAAAUUCCACUACGCUAUGACAAUGGAUUUCUUGUCAUUCAGACAGACAAAUCUAUUUACAAUUCAGAUCAGUCAGUAAAAGUUAGAGUUUAUUCAUUGGAUGAAGACCUAAAACCAUUGCAAAAAGAAGUUAUCUUAACUUUUAUAGAUCCAGAAGAGUCAGAAGUUUGAGACCAGAAAAAAAAAAUUUUUACUGGAAUUAUCAGUUUUCCUGACUUCAAGAUUCCAUCUAAUCCUAAGUAUUCUUACAAUAAGAAUGUAACUGAAGCUAAAGUUUCUGUUUCUUUUGGGAUAAGAGAAAAUUUAAAUGACAGCAGAAAAGAAAUGAUGCUUGAAGCAACACAGAAAACAAAGUUGAUUGAUGGAGUUGCACAAAGCAUUUUUAACACAUCAGAAGCAAUUGAAAAACUACCAUAUAAAAGCCUAAAAGAUUUAAAUAACAAGCAUCGUAAUAUUUUUGUGGAAGUCCAAGAAAGUACAGGUAGACUCUUCCAAUAAACCAAACUAACUGAUGUCAAAUAUGUCCUCUGUCCUUACACACUGGAUCUGGUUGCUACUUCUCUCCUCCUGAAACCUGGAAUUUCAUAUUCCAUAAAGGUCCAGGUGAGGGAUGCAUUCACCCAUUUCGUAGGAGGGAUUACAGUAACCCUGAAAGCAAGAACAGUGGAUAAAACUCAGAAGAAGACAGAUCUGGUUCCAAGAAAAAGCACAACAAAUUAUAUUGAUGGAGUGGCUUCGUUUAUGGUUAAUAUUCCCUCUGAUGUGGCAGCUCUGGAGUUUCACGUUAGAACUGAUGACUCAGACCUUCCAGAAGAAUAUCAGGCCAGCAAUGACUAUCAAGCAGUAGCCUACUCAUCACGCAGCCAAAGUUUCCUUUCGCUUUGCUGGGCAGAUGGUUACAAGAGUUUGCUUCUGGGAGAACAUCUCAGUGUAAUGGUUACCCCUAAAAGUCCGUAUGUUGUCAAGAUCACACACGACAGUUAUGUGAUUUCAUCUAAGGGCAGAAUUGUACACUUUGGCACAGAGAGGAAACUCCCAGGUUCAUCUUACCAACUUCUAAACCUUUCCGUGACUCAACACAUGGUUCCCACAGCCUGUGUACUAGUCUACUAUCUUGUCACAGGAAAGCAGAUGGCAGGAUUAGUGUCUGACUCACUCUGCCUAAACAAUGAAGAAAACUGUGGUGACCAGCUUCAAAUCUAUCUGUCUCCAAAUAAAGAUAUAUAUUCUCCAGAUGAAGCUAUAUCUCUUAUUAUGGAAACUCAGUCAGAAUCAUGGGUAGCAUUGUCAUCAGUGAGAAGUGAUGUUUAUGGCUUCCAGGAAAGAAGCAAAAAUCAUAUAGGAAGAGUUAAGCAGGAUAAAAAUGACCAUGACUGUGGAACAGGUGGUGGCAGGAAUAAUGCUGAAGUGUUCUACUUAAUAGGACUCACUGUCCUCACCAAUGCAGAUGACUCCCAACAAGAUGAUGGGUGUCCUGCACAGGGUGCUACCGGUGGUUGGGUGAUGCCAGGUCUGGUGUUCAGGCGGUCUCCUUUGUGUGCGUUCUCGCUGUUCCAUCCUCCUUGCACAGGGUGCUACCGGUGGUGGGGUGAUGCCAGGUCUGGUGUUCAGGCGGCCUCCUUUGUGUGCGUUCUCGCUGUUCCAUCCUCCUUGCACAGGGUGCUACCGGUGGUGGGGUGA